AUGGAAUGUAUGGUUGCUACCUGGUAUAUGAUAGCUCCUUUUAUCAUGUUCUCCGAGUAUGAAACGAAUAGUAGUGUAGUACUGGAGCGUGAAUUAACCAGCAUCACGAAAGCGGAUGAACUACUGCAGCACAUCACGGAGGGUUCGCUGGAAAAGGUUGAGGAAUUCGAACAGCAGAUCCGCGAUCUGCACCGUAACUACGAGAGACAGCUGAGCGAGAUGCACGAUACCAACAUGAAGCUGGAGGCACGCUACGAUACGCUGCUGCUGGAAAACAGGAUGCUCCAGGACGACUACGACAUGCUGGAAGAGGAAAACCACUUGUUUUACAAAGAAGUAGACACACUCUGGGAGAUUCUGGAGUCGCGCGACUUAGAGCUGCAGAAGAAGACCGACGAGAUCAAGCUGAUGAAGGACGGUUUGAAAGAGCUUGUUAUCGUGGGCCGGGACUUGAAGGAGCAAGUGAAGUAUCUAAAGGCGCAGGCAGAAGAGGACAUGCUGCGCUACGUAGAGGAAGGCCGCAACACUAUCCGCGAGAUCGACCAGGCGAAGCAGGAAAAUGCUCGCUUGUUGGCCACAUUGGCGGAGCAGCAUGCCAUCGUGCCAGCUCAGACUACCAGGUGGUAA